AUCACAGGCACAACCCUGGGCAGGGUCUCAGAGACCCUCAGAAAAUUAUUCUCAUCCACAGAUGAAGAAGCAGACACCUGGGGCUAGGACCUACCUGGUGGAAGGAAAGAUGACAACUUCUGAAGUGUAUAAAGAUGAAUAAAUAAAUGCAAAUUUUAAAAAGAGAGAGGAGGAAAAGGUGUAUGACACCGUGGGGAUUUAUCAUGCCAGCUGAUAUCAUUCAUCAAACCAAAGAAAGAGAAGAAUGAGAGGCAGGGUGAACCUUCAGCUCCAAGUCUAGAGGAGGAACCUGAUGGCACCAUUGUUUUCUCACAAAACUCCUGACGCCCCCCGAAGGACGCCCCACAAGGACACCUUGCUCUUAAGAAUCAGCUUCAACUCUGCGCAGUCUAUUCUGUGCUCCAAAUGAUGCAGACAUGGCUGGAACGAUCCAAGCCCCAGAAGGCUGCCAUGGUGUAGAAACCAACAUGUUCGUCCCACAGAGCCCACAAGGGGAAGAAGACAGUAGGCCAGGAAGAAACUGCAGUGGAUUUGAAGAUACACAGGACCUGGAAACGGCUGUGUGCCCACCUUUACUUCCCAUGGCUCCUUGCGGCUCUCAGGAGGGACCAUCUCCAUGCCAUCUGCUGACGGUGAGGGUCAUCGGCAUGAAAAACGUCCGGCAGGCUGAUAUACUGAGUCAGACGGACUGCUUUGUCACCCUCUGGCUGCCUACUGCCUCUCGGGAGAAGGUGAGGACCAGAACCAUCUCCAACUGCCCACACCCAGAGUGGGAUGAGAGCUUCACUUUCCAGAUCCAGACUCAAGUAAAGAACGUACUAGAGCUGAGUGUCUGUGAUGAAGACACGCUGACAGCAAAUGACCAUCUCUUGACCGUACUCUAUGACCUCUCCAAGCUUUGCCUUCGGAACAAAACCCAUGUGAAGUUUCCGCUCAACCCAGAGGGCAUGGAAGAGCUGGAGGUGGAGUUCCUGCUCGCAGAGAAUCUCUCUUCACCGGAGAUGCUCAUCACCAAUGGCGUGAUUGUGUCUCGGCAAGUCUCUUGCCUGGAGGUCCACGCCGAAUCCAGGAGGCCAAGGAAGAGGAAGAAAAAUAAAGACCUCCUAGUGAUGGUAACAGACUCCUUCGAGAAUACUCAGUGCAUCCCACCCUUCCAGGAGUCUUGCUGCAGCAACCCAGCCUGCUUCCACUACCCUAAGUACUUCCAACCCCAGCUGCGUGCCGAGGCGCCAGAGAACCGCUGGAACUGUGGGCUUUGCUGCUGUGGAACACGCAGGAAUGGCUCCGUCUGCCAGCCCCUCGAUUGCCUUUCUGAUGGCCAGCCGGUGACCCUGCCCGUGGGAGAGAACUAUGAACUACACAUGAAGUCCGUGUCCUGCCCUGACACGCUGGAUGUGCGGCUCGGCUUCAGCCUGUGCCAGGAAGAGAUGGAGUUUCUGCAGAAGCGGAAGGUGGUGGUGACCAAGGCCCUAAGUCAGGUGCUGCAACUGGAGGAGGACCUGCAUGAGGAUGAGGUACCAGUGAUAGCCAUCAUGGCCACAGGAGGUGGCACAAGAUCCAUGGUUGCCUUGUACGGCCACCUGCUGGGGCUGCAGAAGCUGAACCUUCUGGAUUGUUCUACUUACAUCACCGGCUUGUCAGGUGCAACCUGGACUAUGGCCACCUUGUACAGUGACGCGGAGUGGUCUUCCAAAAACCUGGAGCCUGCUGUCUUUGAGGCCCGGAGACAUGUUGUCAAAGACAAGAUGCCCGCCCUGUUCCCAGAUAAUCUCUGCAAAUGGCAAGAGGAACUCCACCAGCACAGCCAGCAGGGCUACAAAACCACUUUUACAGACUUUUGGGGCAAGUUGGUUGAGUACAGUCUAGGCGAUAAGAAAUAUGAUUGCAAACUGUCCGAGCAGCGUGCCGCCCUGUGCCAGGGGCAGAAUCCUCUGCCCAUCUACCUCACCAUCAAUGUCAAGGAUGAUGUAAGCAACCAGGAUUUCAGAGAAUGGUUCGAGUUCUCCCCCUACGAGGUGGGCAUGCAGAAGUAUGGGGCCUACAUUCCUACUGAACUGUUCGGCUCCGAGUUCUUCAUGGGGCGGCUGAUGAAGAGGAUGCCUGAGCUAGAGAUGUGCUACAUGCUAGGUUUGUGGAGUAGCAUCUUCUCCUUGAACCUGCUUGAUGCCUGGAAUUUGUCCCAUACCUCAGAGGAGUUCUUCUACAGGUGGACAAGGGAGAGACUGCAUGACAUCGAAGAUGAUCCACUCCUGCCCGAAAUCCCGAAAUGUGACGCUAACCCCUUGGAGACCACAGUAGUGAUCCCAGCGUCAUGGCUGUCCAACACCUUCCGAGAGAUCCUCACGCACAGGCCCCUCGUGUCUGAGUUCCACAACUUCCUGUACGGAUUGCAGCUGCAUACUGGCUACCUACAACACAAACAGUUCUCGAUGUGGAAAGACACAGUACUGGACACCUUCCCAAACCAGCUGACACAGUUCACAAAGCAUCUGAACCUGCUGGACACUGCCUUCUUUGUCAACUCCAGCUACGCACCCCUCCUUAGGCCGGAGAGAAAAAUCGACCUCAUCAUCCACCUCAAUUACUGCGCGGGAUCCCAGACAAAGCCCCUGAAACAAACCUGUGAGUACUGCACCACGCAGAACAUCCCCUUCCCCAGCUACUCCAUCCAGGAGGAUGACAAAAGUCUCAAGGAGUGUUACCUGAUGGAGAAUCCCCAGGAACUCGCUGCCCCCAUUGUGGCUUACUUCCCGCUCAUCAAUGACACCUUCCAGAAGUACAAGGCUCCAGGUGUAGAACGAAGUCCCGAGGAGCUGGAACUGGGCCAGCUGAACAUCUAUGGCGCCAAGUCUCCCUACGCUACCAAGGAACUGACGUACACAGAGGCUGCUUUCGACAAGCUGGUGAAGCUCUCAGAAUAUAAUAUCCUCAAUAACAAAGACGCGCUCAUUCAGGCUGUGAGACUGGCAGUGGAGAAGAAGCGCAUGAAGAGUCAGUGUCCCUCCUAGGCCUGGGGGAGCCCUGCUUAUCCUGUGUCUGCUUCUAUUGUCAGAAGCAUCAGCCCUCAAAGCCUGACCUCACACACCGCUGCUGCCCUGCUUUCUGGCCAGGGGUGCAGGCGGCUUGGCCUGGGCUUUCUAGCGCAACAUUACAAAGGAGCAAGGAAGAGAGAAAAAGGAAAGAAGAAGGAAUCGAUCGAGUUUUACACUCCUGGAGUUUCUCUCCACUUCCCAGUCUGGAAGGUACCACGUUCGCAGGCUCCCACACAGUCUCAAAUGUAAAACGCAAAUGUGGCCUUCCUCCUCCUGCGAUCGGAGAAAUGCCUAGGAAGGCUGAGAACUGCUCUAAGUUCCUCGGGGAAAUGCUUUGUAAAUUUAAUGUGAUUGCAUCCUUGGAAUUUUUGUUGUCAACAGUGUUUUGUGAUUUAUUUUUAUUUUUCUUUUUUACUAUGAUGAGAUGACGAAGAGAGUAUUGGUGGAAAGCGGGGUCUCUGAUGCCACAAAGCCAAACCGGUGACCAACCCGUGCCACUGAUGCCUCUUCAGCUGCCAGAGCCCUGGGCUGGUGGGCAUCCAACCCUGAUCAGGAUCAGGUCACCCAGCCCCAGGAAAACCAGGCCCUGCUAGAAUGCAGCAUAAACCCACAGAGUGCGGAUCCAGGAUACCUGAGCAGGCUGUGGGUACCAGUUCAGUGGCAUGAAGCCGUCCAGUGCCAUCCACGCUCUCUGACAUCUCUCUGGCUUCCAGAUGCAGUUAUUUAUUUCUAAGUUGAAUCCUCUUAUUUAUCACAGAAGACACCACAGCCAGUUUCUCUAAGUUUUUAUGAAGUGACUCAGGGAAUAAGGUUAGGAAGGACGGCCUCAGAAUGACGACUUAGGACCCUGAGAAAGACCUCAGUUUUGGAGGGAAAUAUCUGAUGAGCUCUGAACGCAGACACCAGACUCCAGGCUUCACUAAUAGAACAGAACGCAAGCCCCUGUAGUGAGAAGACGGAAGCUGGAAGGCAGCGAGGCCUGUGGCCUGCACUGAGCCCAACAAACCUGGAGGACAAGGCCCUUUUUCUGAGCCACGUGAUCCCACCACAGUCCUUGGCUGUUGAGAGAUGAAUGGUACCCAACAUUUUUGUUCAUUUUUUUAAAUGGGCACUUGUUUCCAUCACUGCUAUUCAGAGUGUGAUUGGGGCUAGCCACACUGACAAGGACCUGUACUGUGAAGAGAUUGGUGUUCCCCUCCAGCCUCACCUGCCCCCAGGUGAUUCCUUUGUGGGAAGAAUGGAUUUUCCACACAUUUCUAUCAACUUGGAGAACGUGAGCCCAUAGACUCCUUUGAGCCAUUGGUAAGCUGGUCUUCUUGGCCUGCAGAACUGGUCCCUAUACCCACGUGAUGCUGACGUGAGUUGGAUGUCCCUCACCUCCUCUAGCCUUCUACUGGCGUAGCUGGCUGCCAUCGCUUUUCCCUCCCUCAUGCAGGGAGCAGGCUCUGAAUUGAGCCAGAAUAGGACCUGCAUCUUGCAAAGUGAAGACAGCCAUGCCUUGGACUCUCCACAGCAUGUGAAGUUUAUAAGAUCACUGUACCAUUUGAGCACAGAAUAAAGUGGUCAUGAGGGUGAA